AUGGGCAGGGUAGCAACAGCGGCCCUAUUAGAUGUUGGUAACGUUACUGCCGAGAAGACAUACAGUUGCGGCCCUUUUGGUGGUGACCAUAUGGAUGUCUUCUGGUCAACAAAUACUACUUUGCAGCAGGACGAUCUGAAUCUGGAUCUCUGGUCAAAACCAGAAGUUCGCGUCUUAGCCACCCUUCGGUGUCAAGUGGCGCACGAGUGGGAAAGCCUAGGUCAUGAGGAGGGUAACGCCCGCGACAGUCGCGACGUGCCUUUGCCAGUUUAUCACCAGGUGUCGUCUGAACAAGCUCAGCGGGAAGGGCCAUGGAUCAGCCGGGAUUCGCGUCUCGUGACCGAAAGGGCAAAAGCCCCGCGAUCUGGACGAAUGCGGGGGAGGAAAGACAUUGCCCUGGUAUGGAAUCUGUCGGUCCUUCUCUUCUCCAGAUUCUCCCUUGUGGAGGACCGCAGAACUCCCGUAUCACGUUGCAGAUGUCGGGGGCGGCGGUCUCAAAGCGACGCUGGGGCUUGUCUCGGAGCGCUGGGCGAAAGGAUGCGGAAGGUAAAACCUCAUUGCGCGAGAGAGUACGGCCGAGCCGGGCAUGAAGGCACAGAACAGGCCCGAUAUUGGGAUCUAUGUGUUGCGACCUGGCCUUCACUAGAAGGGGAUUUCACAGGCCGCUGGGCGUUGACGAAAGGCUUUGAGAAAUUGGCAUCCAUGACUUGA